GCACACACACAAGCACACACACGCACAACCCAACACAUUCUAGGAGGUGCAAAACCAACAGAUGGCUCCUAGCGGCAGUAGAAUCGUCAGUGGAAUCUGCUACACUCGACAUCAGCUUGCUCGCUGUGAGGAGUGUAGAAAGUGCUGUUCGCUAACUGCGUGGUGGAGAGAAAGCGAUAGAAGAGAGAGCCAUAAUGCUGACGUUGAAGGCCCAGCCCUGUGAGGUUGCAUAGGUGCGCUGGCGAGACGCGCUCAGAUAUACUGAGCGAGCGCGGAGAAGCAGUCUCAGAUCCUGACGGUGCAGCAGCCCGCAGCCUCAGCCAGGGAGUCCCAGCCGCUUUCAAUGGAGGAGAAGCCCGGCCAGCCACAGCCUCAGCACCAUCACAGCCACCACCAUCCGCACCAUCACCCCCAGCAGCAGCAGCAGCAGUCGCACCACCACCACCAUUAUUAUUUCUACAACCACAGCCACAACCACCAUCACCACCACCAUCACCAGCAGCCUCACCAAUACCUGCAGCAUGGAGCCGAGGGCAGCCCCAAGGCCCAGCCCAAGCCGCUGAAACAUGAGCAGAAACACACCCUCCAGCAGCACCAGGAAACGCCGAAGAAGAAAACAGGCUAUGGUGAAAUAAAUGGUAAUGCUGGAGAAAGAGAAAUAUCUUUAAAGAACCUCAGUUCUGAUGAAGCUACCAACCCUAUUUCCAGGGUCCUCAAUGGCAACCAGCAAGUUGUAGACACAAGCCUGAAGCAGACCAUAAAGACCAGCACCUUUGGAAAAGCAGGAAUCAAAACCAAGAAUUUUAUUCAGAAAAACAGUAUGGACAAAAAGAAUGGGAAGUCUUAUGAAAAUAAAUCUGGAGAGACCCAGGCUGUAGAUAAGACCGAUACUAUAGCAAUUCCAAAUGGUGUUAUAACAAAUAGUUCAGGCUAUAUUACUAAUGGCUAUAUGAGCAAAGGAGCAGAUAAUGAUGGUAGUGGAUCUGAGAGUGGAUAUACCACUCCUAAAAAAAGGAAAGCUAGGCGCAAUAGUGCCAAGGGUUGUGAAAACCUUAAUUUAGUGCAGGACAAAAUAAUGCAAGAGACUAGUGUCCCAGCAUUAAAACAGGGACUUGAAACUUUAAAGCCUGACUAUAGUGAACAAAAGGGAACUCGAGUAGAUGGUUCGAAGCCUAUUUGGAAAUAUGAAACUGGACCUGGAGGAACAAGUCGUGGAAAACCUGCUAUGGGUGACAUGCUUCGUAAAAGCUCAGAUAUUAAACCUGGUUUGAGUAGCAAAAAAUUUGAUGAUCGAUCUAAAGGAAAGCAUGCCUCAGCUGCUGCCUCCAAAGAGGACUCAUGGACCUUGUUUAAGCCACCCCCAGUUUUUCCAGUGGACAAUAGCAGUGCAAAAAUAGUUCCUAAAAUAAGUUAUGCAAGCAAAGUUAAGGAAAACCUCAACAAAACUGUACAGAACUCUUCUGUGUCACCAUCUUCAUCUUCAUCAUCAUCAUCUACUGGGGAAACUCAGACCCAGUCUUCAAGUCGGUUAUCCCAGGUUCCCAUGUCAGCUCUGAAAUCUGUUACUUCUGCCAGUUUUUCUAAUGGGCCUGUUUUAGCAGGAACUGAUGGAAGUGUGUAUCCAUCUGGGGGUCAGCCACUGCUAACUACUGCUGCUAAUACUUUAACACCCAUCUCUACUGGGACUGAUUCAGUUCUUCAGGACAUGAGUCUGACUUCAGCAGCUGUUGAACAAAUUAAGUCUAGCCUUUUUAUCUACCCUUCAAAUAUGCAAACAGUGCUGUUAAGUGCACAAGUAGAUCUGCCCUCUCAGACAGAUCAGCAAAACCUGGGGGAUAUAUUCCAGAAUCAAUGGGGUUUAUCAUUUAUAAAUGAGCCCAGUGCUGGCCCAGAGACUGUUAUUGGAAAGUCAUCAGAUCAUAAAGUAAUGGAAGUGACAUUUCAAGGAGAAUAUCCUGCCACUUUGGUUUCACAGGGUGCUGAAAUAAUUCCCUCAGGAACUGAGCAUCCUGUGUUUCCCAAGGCUUAUGAGCUGGAAAAACGGACUAGUCCUCAAGUUCUGGGUAACAUUCUAAAACCUGGGACUACUGAGAGUGGAGCCUUAUCCUUGGAACCCAGUCAUAUAGGUGACCUGCAAAAAGCAGACACCAGUAGUCAAGGUGCUUUAGUGUUUCUCUCAAAGGACUACGAAAUAGAAAAUCAAAAUCCUCUGGCCUCUCCUACGAACACUUUGUUAGGCUCCGCCAAAGAACAGAGAUACCAGAGAGGCCUAGAAAGGAAUGAUAGCUGGGGUUCUUUUGACCUGAGGGCUGCUAUUGUAUAUCACACUAAAGAAAUGGAAUCUAUAUGGAAUUUGCAGAAGCAAGAUCCCAAAAGGAUAAUCACUUACAAUGAAGCCAUGGACAGUCCAGAUCAAUGAAGGACCAGACUGCCUAUUUGUAACCUUUCUGCAGCAUUAGAGCCACCGUUCAUAUGGGACACAAGGCUUUUAUGCUCCUAGAUCUUCAACGCAGCAGAGGAACCAUAAGUAGAAUCACAGGAUAAUAUAUACAAAUAUAUAUAUAUACAUAUAUAUAUAUAUAGUUAUUUAAAAAAAGGCAACUGAAAGUAAUUAGACUUCUUAAGGAAUCAAAUUUAUUUCAAGAGACUACACAUGGUUAUUUAAUCUCCGGUACCGAAUAGUCUUUCUUUAUUAUUUUGUUAGUUUUCGUUUUUAAGUGUGAAUGCAAGUGAUUAAUGAAUACAGACUUAACAAGCGUGGUUCUAAAGUUCCUGCUGUCAUCUACUUGGGCAACAAAUGACCCACUGGAAAGGCAAAUCCACUUACUUCUAGGUAUUUGUACCUUGUUCUGUGACUAAAGUGAUACACUAAUCACGGGGAACCCAGAAUGAUUCAACGUUUUCCCCUACUCCACCCUUGAUCUUUGAGUUUUAUUUUGAGCCCUGCGAGAAUGCUGGAUAAAUGCCUUGAAGUUUGCAGGGAUGUUUUUUGUUUUUUGUUGUUUGUUUUUUGUUUUUGUUUUUUUUUUUUUAAUCCAAUGAUUUGCAUGUCUUGCCAAGAGUUGUGCAGCCUCUGUGGGGUGUUGGGGAAAUUGUUCUUUUCCUUUUAUUUUUUGUUGGGUGGGGACAGGGGGAGGGCAUUGAAGUUCUACAAUCCUGGAAUAGUUUGUGGGUGCAUAGUUAACUUGCUUUGGUUACUUGUUUGACUUUUAACAGCUGAAGAAUCUAAGAGUGUCGUUCAAGGAAAAGUUGCAGAACAAGUAAUUGGCUGAUAAUUACCCAUUGUAAUUGUGUAACUGGGAGCAAAAACAUAUUCUGCUUUUCCGCUGUAGGUGCUCAGACUUGCUCUCUGUCACUAACACUAAGUGUAUACUCUUCUUGUUUUUUCAUCAACCAUUUAAGAGAAACUUAUGUACCUUUCUCUGUAAAUUCUUUUAAUUUCAGUUUCUCAGCAAAAUCUAAAAAGGAAAAAAAAAAGUUCAUAAAAACUGUCUGUUUUUUUGUUUGUUUGUUUUUUGUUUUUUUUUAUGCCAGUGAGGAGAGGUAAUAAACACUGAUUAUAUAGAAGGUGUGUUUUCAGGCAAAUUCUACUUCUGAGCUUACUUGUUUCUAAUUAUAUCUUAAUAUAUUUUAUCAUUAGAGCAAGAUUGGGUGUUUUUGUUUUCUCGUUUGCUUCUUUUUCUUUUUAAAGAAAAAUAAUGUGAAAUUCUGAAAAUUUUGUUUUGUGCAGAAAGCAUUAGCCCUGUCAUCGCAUUACCAUCCUGUUGUGCUGUGGCUGUGUAUAACAUGCUUGUGUGUGUGUGUGUGUGUGUGUGUGUGUGUGUGUGUGUGUGUGUAGAAACUAAAGGGUCCAAUUUAAGACUGGGUGAUGUUAGUGGCAUAAAAACAAGUUCUCUGGCCUGAUGUAGCAUCACAUCACACACAUAACACAUACAGAGAAAUUAAUGUGUAUCCAUGUAUGUCAAGUACAAAUUAAACCAGCAGGGCAUUUAUAGAGUUGUAGUCCCAACAAAUGCAAACUGGGUCCCCUGGACAUUUGGGGGAGAAAGUAGUUACUUCUUAUUCUUGUUUUAAGAGAUGUCCAGUUUUGAGCGAUUGUAGUGUGGAUGGAUUUUCUGGUUUUGUUAAUAAUUUCAGGUUUUUAACAAAUGUUCGUGAAAGAAAUUAUUUGAUUUGCUGCAGAGAAAAAUACUUUUUAGUCUGGAUUUCUGCCCUGCUUAGAUUUUUUUUUUUUUUUAAGUAUAAGCAUGGAUUGCCAAUUCCACUUGAUGUAAACAAAACUUUUUAUACAUAGUAUAUAUAAUAACUUAUUGUAUCAGUCCAGGUUCAGAAACUUGUGGUAGGCCAGUUUCAGAUAGUUUCAUUUCACCUGUAAACUGUAUCACUUUUACUGAUAUUGUAAUUUUCAAAUGUAUAAUAUGUUUACAGAUGUGCCCUGCAUUUAGUCGCUUUGUUCCUAUUUUGAUUUUUUUUGUUUUGUUUUUGUUUUUGUUGUUGUUGUUGAGUCUCCUGCCUGCUUGCCAAAAGCUAGGAUGCUUCAGGCCCUUGUACAUCAGUGAGGCAUCCUUGAGCUUUAAAGCAUUGAACAAACUGGAAAAUGCAACAUGCCACAUACUGAACUGAAAAGAGUCUGUGUUUUGUGUUCCUUUUUUUUUUU